CGCUGCGAUACAGAUGGUGAAGCGAUUGGACUCGAAGGCAAACUGGCUGUUGUCCGCAUUAUGCCUGACUGUGGGAUUAUGGAUAUUGCAACAACAAUUGACAACCAUUUUUUCGGGACGCGCGCACUGUUUGGCGGAAAGGAGAUGGUAUGAAGAGCAUGAAAUGUAUAAGACACAGUGUGCCAAAGAGUGGCAUAAAAGCAGAGAUCAAGCGCUCACCGACAGACACGCACCUCAACCGAAGGCUGUUGCGCAUCACAACAAACAGGAGAGAGGAAAAGAUGAAGGAAAAGGAGAUGGAAGUGGAGGUGCUGGAAACAACGACGAACUCAGCACUCCAGCAGCAGCAGCAGCAGGAAGAGGAGGAGGAGAAGGACGAGGAGGAGGAGGAGGGUCACCGUGUGGGAACAUGAACAAACUCCUUUACUCACCUGCUACCGAAGGCCAAGCUUCCAUCUGGCCAUUACCCUUAUCGUACAUCAACGGCAGUCGGACCAUACACAUCAGCACAGAUUUGACAUUCCAGGCUAGUAUACCCUCAGAGCUGCUCAACAACGCUUUUCACCGUUAUUAUGACCUUAUUUUCAGCCAUCGACAGAAACACACUACACAUCCUGGACACCGUGUGCAUUCGUCUUUGUCUUCGUCGUCGCCAUCGUCUUUGUCGUCUUACGGCAACAAGGAUCGACAGUUGUGCGCUAUGGAAGAGGUUGGCAAGGGUGACGGUUUGCGGUUAGUGAGCGUUAUUGUCCUGACAUCGUCAGAGAAACUUCAGUUAGAAACCGACGAGUCGUACUUGAUGGAGGUUCCCGAUUCGGAGGAGGGUGAAGUUCUCAUCAUGGCCAACAAUGUGUACGGUGUCCUGAGAGCUCUUGAAACUUUCAGCCAGCUUUGUACUUAUAAUUUCGCUACCAAACGUGUGCAGAUAAAGCAUGCCCCUUGGGUUAUUCGGGACUCUCCGAGGUUCCCGCACCGUGGGUUGCUGAUCGACACAUCGCGGCAUUUUCAACCUCUGGCGACGAUUAAGGGAGUCGUCGAUUCCAUGUCUUACGCGAAGCUCAACGUGCUGCACUGGCAUCUCGUGGACACUGAGUCCUUUCCCCUGGAGGUGCCCAAGUACCCAUCUUUAUGGGAUGGAGCAUUCUCCUCACAAGAGAGGUACACGACGGAAGACGUGGAGGAGAUCGUCGAGUACGCGAGGCAACGAGGCGUUCGUGUCAUGGUAGAAUUGGAUGUCCCCGGCCAUGCGGCGUCUUGGGGUGUCGGCUACGGAGACGUGUGGCCAUCCGUCGACUGUAAACAACCGUUGGAUGUUUCGAACAAGUUCACCACCCAGUUGGUCGAUGGGGUUCUCGAUCAUCUUAGUCGCGUGUUCGAUUACAAGUUGCUCCACUUGGGAGGGGACGAGGUGGACACUACGUGUUGGGACACCACUCCGCGUAUUCGCUCUUGGCUGAAUGCUACCAACAUCACGAGUCAAGCCGCGUACUUGCGGUUUGUCAGACGUGCGCAGCGAUCGGCGUUGACGCACGGAAGGGACCCCGUGAACUGGGAGGAUACGUUCAACACGUUCGGUCGGGAUCUCGACAACCGAACAAUCGUGCAGACUUGGUUGACGGAGGAGGCAGUAGCGAAGGUUGUGGGUGCCGGAUUACGCUGCAUUGCAAGUUAUAGGCGCUUCUGGUACUUGGACGACUUGAAGUUGGAAUGGGAGAAUUUCUACGGAUACGAGCCACUGAAAUCGAUAACGAGGCCUCAAGAGCAAGCGCUGGUGCUUGGCGGGGAGGUUUGCAUGUGGGGCGAGACCGUUGAUCCAUCGGACAUCUUUCAGACCAUCUGGCCCAGAGCUGCGGCAGCUGCUGAAAGGCUUUGGAGCCCUAGGCAUAAAACAGACAGAUAUGUGGAGCAGUACGGAGAGGUAUCAAAGAGGCUGAAGCGUUUCCGCUGCCUCCUCACGCAACGAGGAGUCGCGGCAGCACCAGUAGAAAGUAGGCCACGAUCUCCUCCUCGUGGACCUGGAAGCUGUUUCACACAAUGAAAAAUGGAAUAAGCGAAUGAAGAACAGGCAACAAU